CGCGUCUUGUUAUACCCAUAAGUUGUAUUCCUUUCAAGAGUUUGGAACACUCCAGCUACUCGCUCUGGUUUUAGUCGACCCCGAUUUUAAAAGGAGAGAUGUGGGGUGCAACCUGAAUAAGAUUCAAAUCAAUACAUGACUUCAAACCCAAAAUUGGAAUACUAUUUUCCAUUGUAUUGACAAAAAAUGAGGUGCACCCUUGGUACAACCUUUUCGAAAGGAAUAAGCGCGUAACGCCCCGGAGCUGUUCCGGAGGUCCUCCUAGGUGUGAAAGGAAUACAUCUAUUGCUGUGCCCAUUGGUUUUAGAAAGGCGGAACCAAAGUUUAUAGUGUAACCUUGCUCCUUAUUAAGUACGAGUACGACGCUCCACACCGCACACAUCACACAUCACACGUCAUCAUCAUAUUACACAAGUUAUCGAACGCAGCCGGGAACAAGUGGUUUGUUUUAAUUCUUGAUUGACAUCUUUUUUUGUUAUGAUUUUUUUAGUAAAGUGAUAAAAGUUGGUAAAGUAGGGGAAAAGGCAAAGUUCAAGUUUUUAACUAUCAUUGUUGCUUGAAUAAUUACUGUUCAGUGCUGAUAGUGCGUUUUUUGCAUUUUAAUUUUAUUACUUGUUUUUAAUUUCCCUUGAAUCCGUCCAACUAUGUCCCUCUCAAAACCCAUUAUCAGUGCUUUGAGUUUCUACUUUAGCCAGUUGUAUGAGCACCCAUUAAGGACUAAAGCAGUUAGCUGUUGUGUUGUAGCAUUAGCUGGCAACUUUGCUUCGCAGACAAUCGCUGGGUCCAAAGUCAUCGAUUUACAGACCCUUGGAGUUUAUGGCGUAUAUGGACUUUUAUUUGGAGGAACCAUUCCACAUUACUUCUACUCCUUCCUAGAACGGGCAGUUCCCGAUGAAGCGUCCUUUGCCAUUGCCAAAAGAUUAUUUUUGGAAAGAUUAGUAUAUUCUCCAUUAUACCAGGCAUUUGCUUUAUACACCCUUGCAAGAUUAGAAGGAAAAGACCAUGACACUGCUGUUAAACAAUUGAAAGAUCUAUAUUUCACUGUCGUUACUUCUAGCUGGAAAUACUUGACCCUUUUGCAAUUGUUGAAUGUCAGCGUUGUGCCUCCAAUGCUAAGAGUAUUAGUAGUCAAUCUAAUAGGCUUUUUCUGGACAAUUUACAUAGCAAACAAAAGACGCCAACAAGAAGCUAAAAAUUCUAAAAAGUAGAAUAAAGUCAAUUCUUGGUUGGUAUGCCUCUUCACUAUAAGUUAUGGUUUGUGAAACGGGGAUAUGGGUUAUGCCUAUAAUUGUUUUUAUUUUUUUUUUAAGUAAUGUUACUUUUAACUAUUAUGUGGUAUUAGUUAUUAAUCUUAUAAAAUUAAAUACAUUUUUCAAAUAAAUUGAA